AUGGCGCCGACAGAAGCCUCGAUCCUUAGUAACUUCCUUCUUCCGCCAGCUCCACUUCCAGUCAUCAUAUCCCUUCGCCAGUUCACAGAUUUAUUCCCGCGUUCUCAGCAGUCGAACCCGCAGAUACCGGUCCUCUACCGCGAACUACAGCAUCAGAGAGCAAUCGACAUAGACGAUGUCAAGCGUAAUAUUGCCGCCGAAGUGAAGAGAGGGGAGAAGCAACAGCGCGAAGUCAUCAGAGCUCGGCGGCGAACAGACACCGCAUCCAUGGAAGGGCUGGAUGCGCGAGACAUGCUAAUGGAGGCAGAGCUCUUUAGCUCGUCCAGCAAGGAACCCGCAAGCAAGCCCCAUACGCUGGAGACUAUCACGCCUGAGAUGGAACAGGCCUGCGCCGACUUGGAAGCAGAGCUUGCAGCUAUGGAGGCAGAGGCGGCGGCCCUACUAGCAGAUGUCCAGACUACUAUCGGCGACCUGAGUGAUCUGCGCUACGGCCGCUUCAACAAGCCUGCUGGCACUGGCGAUGAAUUGGGAUCGGAAGCCCUCGAGAGUCUCAAGAGGCUUGAAACAGUCUGCAAUGAGCACGGCAAUGGCUGA